AUGCAGCUCGGUCGUUGCGUCUCUCCAGCUCUUGCGCGCUCCAAGAAUUGCAUGAUUGUGGGCAGUGGCUACCCAAACGCAGAAGGAUCUGAGCUCGUCUUACAGGACUACCCUAUUAUAUCCAUCAGCGACAACCUGGAGAGAAGUUCACCUCUGAAAAAAAACUCCGUAGGGAUGACGAAUCAGUCGGAGGCAGACAGUUUCGGCGACUCCAAGGACUCAUCGGGGGACGUCCAGCGAGGCAAACUCUCUCCUGAUCUUGACGGAGUCGCCGACAGUCGUCAUCAUUUCGAUGGAUCUGCAGGAGAAAGGUAUCUCCUGUCUCAGUCCACUCAAGUUCAGCCGAGUCCAACCACCAUGUUUCCCUAUCCGAGUCAGCAUGGACCGACGCACCCAGCUUUCUCCAUCGGAAGCCCGAGCAGGUACAUGGCUCACCAUCCGGUGAUAACGAACGGAGCCUACAACACUCUGCUGGGCAACUCUUCGCCUCAGGGCUACCCGACCGCGGGCUACCCGUACGCGCAGCAGUAUGGACACGCAUAUCAAGGGACAGCUUUUUACCAGUUUUCCUCCGCUCAGGCCGGGCUCGUGCCUGGUAAAGCGCAGGUUUAUCUCUGCAACAGGGCCCUGUGGCUAAAAUUUCACAGGCAUCAAACAGAGAUGAUUAUUACGAAGCAAGGACGGCGAAUGUUCCCGUUUUUGAGUUUCAAUAUAUCUGGACUUGACCCGACGGCUCACUACAAUAUAUUUGUUGACGUGAUUCUUGCGGAUCCGAAUCAUUGGCGUUUUCAGGGAGGAAAAUGGGUCCCGUGCGGAAAGGCGGACACAAAUGUAACAGGGAACCGGGUGUAUAUGCAUCCAGAUUCACCAAACACCGGUGCGCACUGGAUGCGUCAAGAGAUAUCCUUUGGAAAACUAAAACUAACCAAUAACAAAGGAGCAUCUAAUAAUACUGGACAGAUGGUGGUCCUGCAGUCACUGCAUAAAUAUCAGCCUCGCCUGCAUGUGGUGCAGGUGAACGAGGACGGAACUGAGGACACGAGCCAACCCGGCCGGGUGCAGACUUUCACCUUCCCCGAGACGCAGUUUAUCGCGGUCACCGCUUAUCAAAACACUGACAUCACACAGCUAAAAAUUGACCACAAUCCAUUUGCAAAAGGAUUCCGUGAUAAUUACGACACUGUCUACACGGGUUGCGACAUCGAUCGGCUGACGCCGUCCCCGGGUGACUCUCCGCGCUCUCAGAUCAUGCCUAGCGCGAGAUAUGCCAUGACUGGUUCUUUCCUUCAGGACCAAUUUGUCAGCUCGUAUGCCAAGUCCCGCUUUCACCCUGGCGUCGGAGGCGCUCCUGGCACGGACCGCAGCGUCCCACUUAGUAACAGCUUGCUCUCUCCGCAACAAACCGAGGAGACCACGGUGGCCUCCCCGCAGCGAUGGUUUGUCACCCCUGCCAACAACCGACUGGACUUUGCCGCCUCGGCAUACGACGCCGCCGCGGCUGCUGAUUUCGCCGGUAACGCGGCCACCCUUCUGUCGUACGCAGCUGCUGGAGUGAAAGCGCUGCCCCUGCCAGGGGCGGGAUGCUCCAACAGACCUCUGGGGUAUUACGGCGAGCCGCCGGGGUGGGGCACGCGCACCCCACCGCAAUAUUGCAGCAAGUCCAGCUCCGUCCUGUCGUGCUGGCCGUCCAACUCCGUAGGGACCCGAACGACCUCCUCCGGUUACCUGGUACCUUGCCUGGAGGAUGGAGACGCCAUCGCGCCAGAAAGGUCGCCGCUUGGCGGGGCGGACGAAUCCAAACCGAAGGACUUGUCUGAAUCCAGCUGGAUAGAAACCCCUUCUUCAAUUAAGUCGAUCGAUUCGAGCGAUUCUGGGAUUUUUGAGCAAGCCAAGCGGAGGAGGAUUUCACCAUCUGCCACGCCGGUUUCAGAGACUUCGUCUCCAUUAAAAUCUGAAAUGUUAACGCCGAGGGAAUGCGAGAAAAACUGCUCCAAGGACAUCGGCUACUACAGCUUUUACCCCCACAGUUAGAAUCCGGAGAGAACUAAUGCAUGGCUCAGACGUGAUUUAUAAUCGAUUUAUUUCUAUUUAUGUGCGUAUUUAUUUAUCAUUUGGGUGUUUAUUAAUACAUCUGACCGCGUGCGUAAGGACGUACUCGAGCCAGCUUCGGUUUUAAAUAAAAAUCUGGACACUUGAGCAGAGAUGUACGCCGUUUUCGUUUUCAAAUGAACGAUUUAUUUAAGGGUUUACCCAUUAAACCUAUUGUAAUUAUGAGAAGAACUGUACAUAUUUGUACUUAUCUAUCCUUUUGUGGUUUUCUCGUUGUAUGUUGAUGUACAAUAUGGAAAACGAAUUAGCUUCAUGUUUUAUUGUACCUAGAAGACGUUCGUUCGAACAGCUAUAUAUUCAAUAUUUCGAUGUUUAAGAAAAAAGGAUCAAACUCGUACAGGCUACCUAUAAAAAACAUUGAUGGUAUAAUUGAAUUAGAAGCUGCUCACCUGUUGAAGAGCCACCGAAAAGAGUUCGUCUGCACUCUUAAAAAUAAAGGUUCCCAAAAGGUCUGUCUGUAUGGUUCCAUAAAGAACCUGUUUUGUCCACCUUUCUGUUGCACAUACAAUUAUUUGUACAAUGGGAAAAGGAUCCAAUUCUAUGAAAAGUUUGGCUAAAAACGUCUAGCACCUUUAUUUUUAAGAGUGUGGCAGACAGAAUGAUUGACGCAUGUCUGUCAGAGAUCCAUUUUUAUGUAAGCAUUUAAUGAUGUUGCUUUUUACAGUCGCGUUGUCUAUUCGUAAAUUUCAUAGUUGUUGAUAGAUUUAAAGUUAGUGCCAUUUCCAUUUUGUAAACGUUGUUGUAAAAUUGUCAGGGCGUUUGUUUUUAUGAGCGUAAAAUCAUUACCUCCUUACUUUUUGUAGAGAUAAAAAAGCGUAGACGGCCACUUCACGUUCAAUCAACGAAAGCAUUUUCAUUUGUAUAUUAUGGGCUGUUUUCUUAUGGAAAAAAGCGUUAGGCCUGCUAAUGUGUAAAGGUAAUGUAUUUGUGGUGUGCUUAUCUACAAUAAAUAUGACCGAAUGUUAAACCCUGGGAAAGACACAAGAUUCCCAAUUCAGAUAUUUUUGUUUCAGAGGAGGUCGAUGGCAUCAGUCAAUGUCGAUUUUGUUCAAGUGUUGUUGCCUUUACGAUGCAUUUGCAUGAUAAAAUGCGCAAAGUAAGCAAAUUGUUCAGAAAAGCAAUUCGUCUUAUUAUACGAUACUCGUUUUAUUUGACCGUAUUGCUGUAGGUCUAUUAUUUAGCCUACAAUAGACCAAAGCUAUUAAGACACUUGUAUGAGUUUCACUGUAUCAGAAAACCACAUUAAACCAUGAGACACAACACGAUUGGCACA